GUAGCUCAGUCAUCAUCCUCUCUUCCGCAAUCGAAUUCCAUAAAUAGGCCGAUAGCUGCUUCAUCAACACAAAGUAAUGCUUUGCAGUCAUCCGGAAGUAGCGCUCCACCUGCUACACCAUUGACUACCGUUCCGACACCUACACCGCAGAAUUUCAAUCCCUCAUAUUUUAAGCAGCAACAAGAUCAACCAACUUCCGCUGCCUACUUAAAUCAACAACAUCACCUAGGACUAGCAGCUGAACCAAUAAAUGCGCCAUAUGGUUCUUAUUUGCAUAGUCAACCUCCCAAUCAACUAUCAGGAUUCGGUAUUGGACCAAUGCAAUCAUUACCAGAUUAUGGUGCAUUAUACGGACCAGAUGCUCAACGCGUAAUGGGAUACUACGCUGAUCCUUCAUAUGGUCAGGCAUCGCCAGUAACGUCUGCGGGAUAUCAGAAUCGAGAAAAUAACAAAUACACACCUGAUACAACUACCAACUCUAGUCAAAGCUCCACUCAACAAGCUAGUACACAACAGCAAUCUACAAAUCAACAAGGACAAAAUCCUCAACAACCAUAUCCAGUGGGAGUUCCAUAUUACCCUUAUUAUUACCUUCCUUCUUAUCAACAGUCUGG